CCAAGAAACUCAGGAGCAGCUGCGUCUGACAGUGAGGAGGGGGCGUUGGGAUCCUGGUGAGCGCACGUCAAGCCCCUCCAGCUACGUGUCUUCGCCGGCCCCCCAGGCCCGCACACCCAAGUCUGGCUGCCAUGGCUGAAAACGCAGAGGGGGACCUGAACUCCAACCUACUCCACGCCCCGUAUCACACUGGGGACCCUCAGCUAGACACGGCCAUCGGGCAGUGGCUCCGUUGGGAUAAGAAUCCCAAAACAAAAGAGCAAAUUGAAAAUCUGUUAAGGAAUGGGAUGAACAAGGAGCUGCGAGAUAGACUUUGUUGCCGAAUGACUUUUGGGACUGCAGGACUUCGUUCUGCUAUGGGGGCAGGAUUUUGCUAUAUUAAUGAUCUUACAGUAAUACAAUCAACACAGGGGAUGUACAAAUACCUUGAGGGAUGUUUCUCAGACUUCAAGCAAAGAGGUUUUGUCGUUGGGUACGACACCCGGGGUCAAGUAACUAGCAGCUGCAGCAGCCAGAGGCUUGCUAAACUCACUGCUGCAGUCUUACUGGCCAAAGAUGUUCCUGUGUACCUUUUUUCAAGAUAUGUUCCUACGCCUUUUGUACCAUAUGCAGUCCAGGAGCUCAAAGCAGUUGCAGGUGUGAUGAUUACUGCAUCUCACAACCGCAAAGAAGACAAUGGAUACAAGGUUUAUUGGGAAAAUGGUGCUCAGAUCACAUCUCCUCAUGAUAAAGAAAUUCUGAAAUGUAUAGAAGAAUGUGUGGAACCCUGGAAUGGUUCCUGGAAUGAUAAUUUAGUGGAUACCAGCCCACUGAAGAGAGAUCCUCUGCAGGACAUUUGUAGGAGAUACAUGGAAGAUCUGAAAAAGAUCUGUUUUCACAGGGAAUUAAACUCAAAGACCACCUUGAAAUUUGUACAUACAUCUUUUCAUGGAGUCGGACAUGACUAUGUGCAGUUGGCUUUUCAAGUAUUUGGUUUUAAGCCUCCAAUUCCAGUACCAGAACAAAAAGAUCCUGAUCCAGACUUUUCUACUGUUAAAUGCCCAAAUCCUGAAGAAGGAGAAUCUGUGCUGGAACUUUCUUUGAGACUGGCAGAGAAAGAAAACGCCCGGAUAGUGCUAGCCACAGAUCCUGAUGCAGACCGACUGGCAGUGGCAGAACUUCAGGAGAAUGGUGAUUGGAAAGUUUUCACAGGGAAUGAGUUGGCAGCUUUGUUUGGGUGGUGGAUGUUUGAUUGCUGGAAGAAAAAUAAAUCAAGAAAUGCUGAUGUGAAGAACAUUUAUAUGUUAGCCACCACAGUCUCUUCCAAAAUUUUGAAGGCAAUUGCACUAAAAGAAGGAUUUCACUUUGAAGAAACGUUACCAGGUUUUAAAUGGAUUGGAAGUAGGAUAAAAGACCUCCUGGAAAAUGGGAAAGAAGUCCUUUUUGCAUUUGAGGAGUCUAUUGGUUUUCUGUGUGGAACUUCAGUUUUGGAUAAGGAUGGGGUGAGUGCAGCCGUUGUUGUUGCUGAGAUGGCAUCUUACCUGGAAACCAUGAAUAUAACAUUGAAACAACAACUGAUUAACGUUUAUGAAAAAUAUGGUUAUCAUAUUUCAAAAACUUCGUAUUUCUUGUGUUAUGAUCCAACUACCAUCAAAAGUAUAUUUGAAAGACUUCGCAAUUUUGAUUCUCCAAAAGAACACCCAAAGUUUUGUGGGACAUUUGCUAUAUUGCAUAUACGAGAUGUUACCACUGGAUAUGAUAGCAGCCAGCCUGAUAAGAAAUCAGUGCUGCCUGUGAGUAAAAACAGCCAAAUGAUUACAUUUACUUUUCAAAAUGGCUGUGUUGCUACUCUUCGGACAAGUGGGACAGAACCAAAGAUAAAGUAUUAUGCAGAGAUGUGUGCGUCACCUGACCAGAGUGACACUGCCUUACUAGAAGAGGAAUUGAAGAAACUCAUUGAAGCUUUGAUUGAGAAUUUUCUUGAGCCCAGUAAAAAUGGACUGACCUGGCGUUCUGUGUAGUGUUCACCAGUACAUCAUUGCUUUGCACUGGCCCAUGGAACAGAACAACCAAGAACUCCAUGCAUUGAACUCGAGUUAGCAUUCUCUCUCUGUCUCAUCUGGCCGAGUAUCUUUUUCCUUUUAUUUUCUUUCUUUUUGGUUGG